AUGAAUAACUUUGAAAAUUUUAACACAACAAAAAGCAUCGAGUCAAAUGAUAGUCCUGAUCAUCAAAAUGUCAAUGAUGUUGUUAAUCAUAAUCAUCAGUAUGUUAAUACUGAUGGUAGCCCACAUUCCAAUGAUAACAUCACUACUACUUCUACUACUAAUGCUAAUAAUAGUAAUAAUGAUUAUUUUCAUACUAAUGAAGAAGAAGAAGUAGUAGUAGUAGAAGAUCCAACUAGUAUAACACCCAUUGAAAUCGGUUAUUCUGAUGAAUUAAUAAAUUUCACUGAUUUAAUCAUCACAUCAACGUCAACACCUUCACCAUUUAUCUCAACUUAUACUGAUGAAGAUUUAGGACUUUUAUCAAAUGAAUUAAUUACUGAUAAUAAUCUACUUGGAAAUGAUUUUACACAGAUAACAACCUCAACAACUGCAAUAAAACCCACUAGUGAAAUAAUCAAUAAUGACUGUAAUGAUUGGUGCUGUGUAACAGAACAACAUCAAUCUAAUCAUAAAUUUUUUUCAAAAGAACAUGUUUCUAGUGAGUUGUCGUCUAGUAAUUUCAAUGUUCAUACAAUAACUAAUAAUGGUAGAUAUGCUGUACAUAUUAAUCAUGUUAAUAUCGAUAAAGAAGAGAUAAAUAACAAUCGCUUCAAUAAUCCUAUCAGUGAAAUUGAUGGUAAUUUGAAUAUUGAAACUUGUAAGAAUAUCUACUCACCCAAUCAUCGUUUACUUCUGACAACAAAUGUGUAUGAACCUGAAAGAAACGAAAGUUUUGAAAUCGCACAGUUCAAUUGCCAGGAAAAUGAUGCUGCUUGUAAUCCAUUCACAUCUGAUGGAGGAUACUCAGAGUACAGUUUUGGUCGGUGCAAUAAUAUAAAUUUGCUCAAAUUAAAGCUCUCAGAUGAUCUAUUACGUUGGAUAGUGUUUAUUCGCUUUAGUUCAUUAGCACCGGGUAUUCAUUUAUCCAUUGACAUUGAAGAUGAAUUCAUUUUAUUACCAAAUCAUAGAUCUAGAAUAUUUAGCAAGUCAUUUGAUGAAUCUAAUUAUAAUAAUACAUCAAUUACGUCGAAACCUGUGGAUGAUAUACAUUCUGACAAUGUUUCGAAUUCAGUGCUUACAAAUUAUUUAACAAGUAACUUUGAUGAAUAUCCCAAGUUGAAUAUACCACUACGACAUGAUCAAUGUGCAGAUAAAUUGGAAAUGUAUUUAAUUCUACAACUAGUCGAAUGGAUGAAGAAAACAGAUAGUAUUGGUAAUAAUAAUAUUGAUAGAACAAAUCAAAGUUCUGUCAAUUACUUAUUAGAAGCUGAAAAUGAAUUUGAUGAGUUCAAUGUUCAACGAUUACAAGAACAAAUGUCUUCAUUGAAGAUAGAUAUUUCUCUUUUAAGUUGUGCAGCUGCUUUGGGUUAUUCUGAACUUAUACUAGGACUGUUGCAAUGGGCUGUACGAAUUUAUUGUAAUCAACCUACAUCAUUCUUUACAGAUCACUGUGAUACAACUUUACAAUCAGAUGUCGAUACAGAUUUUUCUAGGAUCUUAUCUCUUUUACAUGAUCUAACCCCAAAUAAUUCCCCCUCCCUUGCUUAUCCAACACUCACACCAUUGGGUUCAGCUAUUCUGUACGAACAGGUUGUAACAACGAAGCUCUUAGUAGUAUGGGAUCCAGAUGCUCUUCAUAAACCUUGUUUAUAUAAUUCAUUAUCAUCAUGUUCAAAGUUGGGUGAUGAGUUUACGCCAGGAAAAUUAGCAUUGGUUAUCAAAAGUGAAUCUAUGCAAAAGUGUAUUGAACAAUUAGAAGUACAAUAUUUUUCAUCAAACGCACAAAAUUAUGCAACAGAUACUGUUAGAACUAAAUUAGAAAGACUUAUUAAUUAUACGGAAACAUUUUCACCACCAAAUCAUAUUGAUCUAACGGAAAUUGAUGUUAAUACAAAACCGUCGUCAUUUACUCACUCAUUGUUAUAUACACAAUCGAAUAUGAUUAAGUUAGACUAUUCAAAGCAAAAUUAUAGUCUAGACGUAUCUAUUGAUGAUGAUGAUAUUCCAGGAGAAGAAUCACUUUAUCACUCAACAUCGUUACAUAAUAUCUCUAGUACAAGUUAUCAUUCAAAAAACGUGAAUAAAAUUUUAAAGUCUUUACCAACUCCAGCAACCAAUCACUUUGUAGAUAAUCCAGAUAAUUUUAAAUAUGCAAUCGAGAAUAACAACAAUUCGUUUGAUACUCGUCAUCAACUUUAUGAGGAUGACAUUACUUUGAAUUCAAAUAUACAACGUAAAAAUAUAUGUACCUGGCGUAAACAAACAUACAAUCGACGUCAUCAUUAUCAUCAUGGUUGUUUAGAUUCAACUUCUCUUUAUGCUAGUGUAACGAAUUUAAUGAAUGAUGAUCAUUCUCAAAUGUUUUGUUUAGCUGACAGAAUAAUUGAAGCUAUGCCCAGGCGUAUUGUUAAUCUUCAUAAUCAAAAUUGUGAUGAUCUGGUAUCAACUCAUGUAGAUUAUGAAAAUAAUUAUGAUGGUCAAGAGUCCCAUUCUUCUUCUAUCCAGUUUUCUGAUUCAGCUUUAGGUGAAAGUAUUGCUUUGAGUCGAGCACCAGUUGACCAACUCAAGUCACAUUCUUCAUUGUUGCAUUAUGAACCAUUCACUUUAGCCACUAAUACUAGUUCUAUUAUUAAUCCUAUUCAGUUAACAAAUAAUGAUGAUACAAACAAAUAUUCAGUUAAAAUCUUUCCAAAUAUAACAACAAAAUCAGUUAGUAAUAAUCAUAAAAAUAAUAAAUCAAUUGGUUCAUUUAAUUCACUUCCGUCGAAACGACCUUAUCGUGAUAAAUAUUUGACAUUAUAUAACAGUUUUAGAUAUCGUGGUGCUGGCAUCGAUGAUUAUCCAGAGAAUAAAGUGAAUCAUCAGUUAAAAAGUGCUUUACUUAGUUUUCAUGAACCUUUGAGAAGAAGAUCAUAUUUUACUCCUCCUAUACAAAAAAAUAAAAGUAAAUUGCAAACUUUCAAUGAUGAUGAUGAUGAAAUCAGUGUUGAAUUGAAUUCUCAUGAAACUGGAGUUAUCACGUCGAAUUCAAUGUUCGAUACACCUUUUAGUUCUACUAGUUUUAUGAGUUCAGAUUUAAAUAAUGAAAAUGAUUAUGAUGUACUUCGAUAUGAUCGUCAUGGGAAAUCAUUAAGCGCUUUCAGUUUAAAUAGUCCACCACCGUCUACAGCACAAAUUGCUGAACAUUUUAAUGCAGUACCAGGAAAAUUUAUGGAAACUGACUUAAGUAGAUUAACUCUAUCGGAUAUGGAACAGAAACGUUUAUACGAAGCAGCCAAAAUUAUACAGAAAUAUUAUCGAGCUUAUAAAAAACACAAUCAGUCGGCGAUUAUUCAAAAUAAUGAUAAUAAUAAUAAUAAUAAUAAUAAUAAUAAUAAUAAUAAAUCGUCCAAUACAUUUAUACCUAAUCAUGUUUUAUGCUCUUCAUCAAACCAUGAUCAUACUACUGAAACAGAUUUAAGUACUUUUGAUAAAUCCUUAUCCAAUAAUAAUGCUUAUUCAAAAAGUGUGUGUGAUGUUAACAACACGCAUCAGUUUGUACAACAACUUCAGCAGAACAACAAUACUGUCAUUUCUCUAACUGAUAAACAAGAAUGGAAUAAUGAUGUUUUACUGGGUUUCGAAAAUGAUACAUCUGUAGGCCUUGAAGUGGAAAUAGAAACAUCAUACGAUAAUACAAUAACCAAUGAUAAUGAUAAUUCAUAUCAAGUUCAGUCUAUUCAGUCUGGUCAAUUUUCUUUACCUGGAGAAACAAACUCCAAUUGUUGUUUGGAAACAACAACUAACUUUUCCAAUUGUAUCUCAACUUCAAUACAAUCAUUGAAUUCACCACAACCACCAAUGACUUCAUCAUCUAGUGGGCCAUGUAAUAAAGAAAUUGAGGCUGCAAUUACUAUUCAAAGUUAUUAUAGACGUUAUAAACAGUAUGCAUAUUAUAAACGAUUAUGUCAAGCUGCACUUUUAAUUCAAAAUCAAUAUCGUUGGUAUGUAAAUCGAAAGAAGAAUGGUAAUAGUGGAGGAGUUUCAGCUGGUCCUAAACUUAGAAAACCUAGGUCAAGUCAAUGUAAUAAUCCACGAUACAGGUCGGUAUGUACACGAAAACCAAAGGUGAAUAAUAACACAGGUGGUGAAGUAAAUAUUGGAUUUCCGGAUGCAUAA